AUGAUGCCGAGCCCACCGAAUGGCCGGCCUGGUCUGGAGCUCCCAGGACAGGCUUCGCAGGCGCUGUUCCAGUUCCACGUCUCGCAGGCAGAUGUUUCCAUGUCAACGGUGAGGGCGACGACAGGUAAAGGCCCGCUGGCGCCCGGCCGCCAAAUCACCCGCAAUCGCGCCAGCUAUAGCUGCCACACCUGUCGACGGCGGAAGGUCAAAUGUGACAAGAUCCAUCCUGUUUGUGGGAAUUGCAGGAGAAAUAAUACCGAAUGCGUGUACGAUACCGCGCAGCGCAAAGGUUCUUCUCGCCUGCAGCAUGAGGAGUCGAGCGAUGGCCACGUGACAAAGCGACGGAGGGAGGAAUCCCCUCAGCCAGACAAUCCUGACGGCGUCGAAGAGGUCCAGAUGGUAUACGGGCAAGUAAAGCAGGAGCCAAAGAGCGCUGGAGCGAACGCGAUCGAGGCGCGGCUGGACAAGCUCUCCUCGAUGAUCGAACGGUUCAGCAAAGCGAAUCCUACAUUAGACCCCGCCGAAAUGAAGACACUCAGACGGAAAGCAUUGGGGGCUGCGAGUCAAGGUCAGGCAAUGGAGAAAUCUUCGUCGGCGUCGCGAGGGACGAGCCCUCACCGCAACGCUGAUUCAAGCGGCGAUGAGUUCCCCAUUCCCUCUGGGCAUGCCACGGACCCGGUGGACCCCAUGGGAAGCUUGAAUCUCGGGCAUCUCAGCCUCGACGAACGGGGGAGAUCGAGAUACGUCGGAACCACUUAUUGGGCGUAUAUAUCGCACGAAAUCAAUGAGCUGAAUCAAAUGCUCAAGGAACAAAACCGAUCAUAUGAUAAUCUUGGCUCCGAUGAGAGCGCCUCCGAUGGGCCUGCGAUUGCAAGCACUGGCAUCGGGCCACAAACAUCACGGUGGAAAGGUUUGCCGAAUGCUCGGACGCCACCUGCCAGGCAGGAAUCCUUCUCGCAAGGAGAGAUCUUCCAGCGAUCCAUUCUUUUCCCGUCUGCCGGCUCUCCAUCCGUCCAAACCAAAAUAGUGGAUCCGGAGAUGCUGGCUCACCUUCCGACAAAGCGACAGAGUCAUAUCUUGUAUAAGGGAUUUAUGUCAGGAAUCCAUGCCGUCAGUCCAGUUAUCCACCCUCCGACAAUACUAAAACUCUAUAACGCGUUCUGGGAGUGGUAUGACAACAGCAGCUACUCUGGGGAGCCAUGUCCCGACCCAACAUUCAUUCCGCUGCUUUAUGCGAUCUGGUAUUGCGGUUCGGUCACCAUCUCAAUAAGAUCAAUCAAAGCCGACUUCAAUGUCUCGUCGCGACAUGCCCUCUCGCAUCCGUAUCAUGAUGAGACAACCCGAUGGCUGAGCAAGACGUGCUUUCUUCGAAGCCCCUCCUUGCACGGAUUGGCCGCCUACGUGCUGGUCCAAACGGUCUUGUCCAAAGAGGAAGAGCCACUUACCAGCAGCCUCUUUGUAAGCCUGGGCAUGAGAGUAGCCCAAUCCAUGGGCCUGCAUCGAGACCCCGCAAAAUUUGGGAUCGCAUCAGCUGAGGCAGAGUAUCGCCGCAGGCUCUGGUGGCAUAUCAUGUACAUGGACUGUAUCAUCGCAAUGGCAAGCGGCCUGCCGCCAAUCAUCCCCGAAGACACAUACUGGGACGUUCGACAAACGAACGAGAUCAAGGAUACCCUUCUAGGAACAGCCCAGGCGGAAAAGUAUGAGCGGCUGGUGGCUACUGGCAUGCGGCCACCAGAUAACCCAGACGAUCCGACACUCUGUGGAGGCCGUUCCAUGGUCAAUGUAUACUACUUGUGGGCCAAGGGCAAAUACAUUAUGACCCGUGCAGUUCGCCGUAUCCUCCGGAUCCAAGUUGGCACCCGAGAGGUUACACGUAAGGAUUUGGAAGAGCUCAAGUCCAUUCUUGUCGACCUGCAAGUCAAGAUGAGCGCAGUCAUUGAUAGGAUCCCGCUCGUGGAACCAUCCAUUGCGUCUCCUAUAUCCCAAUCGAUUCCGUCAUCAUCGCCUCCCUCCAAUCAGCCUGGGUUGCCUGGAGAGGGAUCCCCAGGCUGUAUGGAACAGUAUCAUUCACACGUUCUUGUUGCCUUUCAUAAAUGGGCCAAGAUAGUCCUAUCCAUGUUCAUAGACAAGUCAUUUUGUGUCGCCUAUCAACCCUUCCUGAAGAAUGCCAAAAGCCGGAUAUGGUCCGUAGCCAGACAGAGUGCUUUGCGUCACUGCUAUGGCUUCAUGGAGAAAUUCAUCUCUGUUGCGACAGAGUCUAUUUUCCAGCCGUUUCACUGGAGCUGGCCUGGUAACCACCAGCCCAUGCAUGCAACAAUGAUUCUGCUCAUAGAUCUCUAUGAACGCCCGUAUAGCUCUGAGGCACCACGGUCCCGCGCCUUCAUCGAUAAGAUCUUCUCGAUGAUAGGACCUGACGGAGGUGUGGUGGGUGGCGCGGAAGAUGGCAUCCCUACUCAGCGGCCGCUUAAAGACGGUGGCCGCGAAGCAUGGGAUAUGCUGCAACGCCUUCGCUACAAGGCCUGGCAGAAAGCAGGGCUGGAUCCAACCCAGCUCUGGACGGAGCAAGCCCAAGUCCAAGCCAGAACUGCCAGCCAUCCAUCUAUCCCCGGAUCUCCCUUUCCUAGUACGAGCAGCACUCAGCCACCCUCCCGCCUACCACUCAUGAUGAACCGACAACCAUCCGACUCUAACAAGACCUUCUUUGACAUCACCUGUGCGGCGCACCCAUCGCCCAAGCCAGAUCAACACUACCAACUCCCUCCUGUUCCUCCUUCUCUCUCAGCAGCAGGACUAAACAAUCCGUCUCGACCGGCAUACACCCUUCUACCACCCAUAUCUACAACUCGACCUAUGGACCCCGUCCUGACUACACCCUUUACAUCCCCGUCUCCAGCCCCGGGCGACACGCUACCGGCGCCAAACAAUUUCUCCACAACAGCGCCUUCUUCAUCCAUGCAUGCUUCGGUAAUGGGAUCUUCCUCAUCGCCCAGCCACGACAGAUCUGCCCCAACCCCACCGUCGAUGAUCGAUCCCAACUUCGCCUUCGAUUGGGACCAAUGGGACGCGGUGUUCGGGCAUUAUCUGCCUGUUGCGGAUGAUCUGAUGGAUCUUGAUCCGAUGGCGGGGUUUGAGUUUCCAGAUCUGAAGAAGCCAGCUUGA